CCACAGCCAGGGCCACAUCCCACUGCCUGCCCAGCGUCCAUCCAUGGAGGGGAGCACCGUGUCCCCAUCUCCUGCCUCCCCCACUGAAGGAGACGAUCUGUGUGAGACAGAUGUCACCACCGUGGCCAUCCACAGUGUGACACUGCUCAUCUGCCUCUGUGGGCUGGCUGGGAACGGGGCUGUCAUCAGCCUCCUCAGGCUGAAAUGCUGUAACUCUGCAAUAUUUGACUUGGCUGUCACCGACUUCCUCUUCCUUCUCUUCACAGUCCUCUCUGCCCUCCUCUUCCUGGUGGAGGAUGUGUCCUGCUCUCCUAUCAUGCCCCUGCUGUACUUGAGUUUCCUUUUUCGGAUGUCAGUGGUCUCCUACUACUGGGGGCUAUUCCGGCUCAUACGCGGUAUCACUGUGCUUUAUGUGCGCAACCUCUUCCAGCGCUGCUGCCCCUAUGACCUUCCCGACCGCCUGUGGUUGGUGGUAGGAAGUGUCCAAUCUUGUGCUUUCUUUGCUCUGUUUGCUGUCAUUCCUGCAGUGACAUUCCUGUGCCCAUCACAUGAGCAGAAGCACUGCCGUGCGCCUCUCAUCUCCAUGUACACCCUCAUCCUGCUCUUCUUUGUUGCACCCGUGGUCAUUUCCAACACAGUCGAUUUCAUUCAGGCCAAGAGGGGCUCCCAGCAGCAGCAGCCCAAGAGGCGUGACAUCGUUAUCGUUCUCACUGUACUCUUCACUCUCCUUCUCAGCCUCUGCCAUUUCCUGCAGCAGCUCGGUUACAUCAAUGCAUCCUCCCACGUUGUUUUCCUGCUCACCUGCAUCAACAGCAGCAUCAAACCCUUCAUCUACUUCUUGGCAGGGAGAUGCACAAAAACCUGCUCCAUGACGAGAUGCUGGAGGUUCUGUACAGUGGGGUCCCUCAGGGAUUCCCUCCAGAGGGUCUUUGAGGAGCAGAAAGAAAAAACUGACUACAGCAAUGAUGACCCCAGGGACACAGGGGUCUGAGCCGGCUCAUACCUUCCACUGCUCUGCUGAAGGACCUCCACACAGAGGCUGAGGGUUUCCUUGAGUCACCUGAUUAAUCAAUACCCACAGGAUCACCCUCCCUGUGGUGCUGUAUUCCUGCAGGACAAGGGAGCAGGAGCAUUGCCUUGGGUGAUCUUUGUGGGAUGCUCUGCAGGGAGCACAUUGGAGCAUGGCUUUCCUCCUCCCUCCUGGAUCCACGUGGCUCCAAGCAGUGCAGCUGGGCUCUGUGCUGUUCCCAGCUCUCUUCCCCAUGGAAUGACCCUCAUGGCCUCAGCCCCAGGGAAUGAACUCCAUCUCCUUUGGCUCAGCUGAUGAGUUUCAUGGUGUUUGCAGGGAGCUCCUGCCUGCAAAGUAUGGGACACCUUAAUCCCUGGGGACACUCCCAGUACAGGGUGGUGAUGAUGAGUUCCCAAAUCCCUGCAGGGCUGGUGCCUCUCGAUGGCAGGAGAGGGGCUGGGAUCACAUGGAGCAUCCUUCCCCUUAUGUCCAGCAGAGCCAGCCCUGCAUUCCCAGCUGAUGGGAAGGGACACCAGGUAGGGCUGCAGAGCUGGGGAGGGACAGCAACAUUCCUUUAUCCUUUCAGUGGGAAUUUCUCACAUUCUUCAAUUCCAGAAUUAAAUCCUUCUGAAUGAAGUGUUUGUCAAUAGUGAACUCUACUGAACUCCUGUGCCUGUAUCCAGAAAGGACAUGGAAUAUGGAAUGUCACAUCACCAGAUGCUUGGACCAUUUAAUGGCAUAGAGAUUAGGGGCUAUGCUGCUCUUCUGCAGAAUGGGGCCAUCCAUCCUCUGGUUCCCCAGCAUCAGUGUCCAAGGAAACCUUGACCACCUCCCUCCUGAACCUGGCCCCCCUCAGGAGGAGCUGAACAGCGACUCUGCACAGCAGCUUCAGCCACAGUCCAGGCUGUAGGGAUCUUUGUCAUUCUGUAACUGCCCCUCAAUCUGAUUUGGAUUUAUGAUUUUUGUUUGCCUCCACUGCGGAAAUUCUGGCCCCAGAUUUUGUUGAAUAAACAACAUCGAGGCUUCAGUGCAGAGCCUGUGCCUGUUAAACAGUAUCCAGAAUGGCUCAUUUCCUUCUUUUAUCCCAUUCUAAAGCCUCUGGCUUGUCUGUGAGCAGGGCAGGUACCUGUCUCAUACCAGAGCCCUUCCUAAGGCACGUGCCUGCAAUGGUUGGGAUGAUGUUGGCAGUGCCAAGAGCUCCUCAUUCCUCCUGGGAGAGUCCUGGGCAGCAGCCACAUCUCUUAUUCAGGGGAAAGUUGUCCCUCCUUUUCCCACUGCCUUAAAUCCAGAGGAAAGCAAAGUGCCACUGCUUCUGGAAAGGGAAGUGAGAGGGAAAGCCAUGGGUGGAGUCAGGCUU